UGUAUUGUUGUAAUUUUUCUUGCAACUUAGAAUAAAGAUAUGAAGAUUAGUGUUAGAAUUUCUAUCUUCUUACUUUUGCCUCUCCUUUUAGCUACCAUUAUUUUCUUAAUAACAACCAACUUUUUGUCUCCAAUAAUACACCAAGAUCUUCUCAAAAAACAAUUUUCCACUAAUCUUUUUCUUCAUUUGGUUUUCAACUUCAUACUUAUUGCUAUUAUUCUCAAGGAAUGCUACAUACAAUCGUGCAACAAACAUGAUACGUCGUUCUCUCCUCUUAUUUGCUUUGAUUAUGAGAUGGAGGAAGAGCAUGGUGAAAAGAAGAACAACGACGAUGAUGAAGACUUAUGUGACGUCUACAUGGUUGACAAGGAAGGUGGUGAUAAUCACCUCCACAAGGGUAAUGAUUAUUAUGAUGAUGACGAUUAUUAUUAUCAUGGCUCAGAUGGUUACGAUGAGGAUGAUGAUGACAAUGGAAGUGAUGGUGAGGUAGGAUGGGAUGAGGAUGAUGAAGAAGAAGAAUACGAUUAUGAUUUAGAGAGGAGAAUCGAGGCGUUCAUUGCCAAGGUUAUCAAUGGAUGGAAGGAAGAAUGGUUUAGUGACAACCUUAAUGACUAAUGCAUCUCAUCGUAAAGAUUUUCUUUCUUUUCCUUUUUUUUUUUUUUUUUUUUUUAAUUUUUUUUCCUUUUUUAUUUAUUUAGAAAAGCUAGGAUAAUAAUGUUUGCUAUAUAUGUAUAAAUUAAAGAAAGUAGGAUUUUCUUUGGGUAAGAUCAAGUAGGGCAUCCUAAGGAAGUAAGGGAGGUCCUUAUUAAGAAUGUGGUCAAUAAUGAGACUCGAACCUUAGCCUCGUGCUUGUACAAAGAAGCUAAUUAGGUUACUAGGAAGUUCUUUUUUUAUCACUUCCUAUCUAGUGUGGUGGGUGACACUGUAAGUAUUUUUAUUUAACAACUCGUGUAAUUAUACUA